CUGGGGAGCAGCAGUCCUCCUCGCCGGCGCAGCAGCGACGCACCAUCUGAGUGAUGCCACAGCACCAGACGCGUUUGGAGCAGAAAUACUGAGAGCACAUCCCGCAGGAGGGAGAGAGAAAAACGCUUCAGGCUCGAAGACAGCAAACUGCCCAUGAAGAUGUCUAACGCUGACAUCGUCUUAAACGCCACCGACCGGAUGGUGAAAUUAAGUGCCUGUUCUCUGUCCUCAGCUGUCCCCUUCCCCCUGAGCCACCGCCUUACCAUGAAGGAAGUGUUUGACUGUGAAGGGAAACCUCGGGUGGACCUCCUGAAGGCCCACCUCACCAAGGAGGGCCGCGUGGAGGAAGCCGUGGCUCUGCGGAUCAUCAACGAGGGGGCGGCGAUCCUGCGUCAGGAGAAAACCAUACUCGACAUCGAGGCACCGGUCACAGUCUGUGGGGACAUCCACGGGCAAUUCUUUGAUCUCAUGAAGCUGUUUGAAGUGGGAGGAUCGCCAGCCACGACGCGGUACCUGUUCCUCGGGGACUACGUUGACCGUGGCUACUUCAGUAUUGAGUGUGUUUUAUAUCUUUGGUCGCUGAAAAUCCUCUAUCCAAAGACGCUAUUUUUACUUCGUGGAAAUCAUGAAUGUAGACAUUUGACAGAAUAUUUCACCUUCAAACAAGAAUGUAAAAUCAAGUACUCAGAGCAGGUGUAUGACUCAUGUAUGGAUGCAUUCGACUGCCUUCCCCUGGCUGCACUCAUGAAUCAACAGUUUCUGUGUGUUCACGGUGGACUCUCACCUGAAAUACACACUUUAGACGACAUUAAAAAGUUGGACCGGUUCAAAGAGCCGCCAGCGUUUGGGCCCAUGUGCGAUCUGCUGUGGUCCGAUCCUCUGGAAGACUUCGGCAAUGAAAAAACCCAGGAAUAUUUCAGCCACAACACGGUGCGAGGCUGCUCCUACUUCUACAGCUACCCUGCUGUGUGUGAAUUCCUACAGAGCAAUAACCUAUUAUCAAUUAUCCGGGCGCAUGAAGCACAGGAUGCAGGCUAUCGGAUGUACCGUAAAAGUCAGACCACUGGAUUCCCAUCCCUCAUUACUAUCUUCUCAGCGCCAAACUACCUGGACGUUUACAACAACAAAGCUGCAGUACUGAAGUAUGAAAAUAACGUCAUGAACAUCCGACAGUUCAACUGCUCACCUCAUCCCUACUGGCUGCCCAACUUCAUGGACGUCUUCACUUGGUCUCUGCCGUUCGUUGGAGAAAAAGUCACAGAAAUGCUGGUGAAUGUGCUGAGCAUCUGCUCUGAUGACGAGCUCAUGAAUGACGAGGAUGAGAUAUUUGAUGCAAAUGCAGCUGCGGCCCGCAAGGAGGUGAUCAAAAACAAGAUCCGAGCCAUUGGGAAAAUGGCCAAAAUGUUUUCCGUUCUCAGAGAGGAGAGUGAAAAUGUGUUGACGCUGAAGGGCCUGACGCCCACUGGCAUGCUGCCAAGCGGGGUUCUCUCUGGAGGCAGGCAGACUCUGCAGAGCGCCACCAUCGAAGCCAUUGAAGCCAUCGAGACGCAUGAUGAGGACAGAGAAGCUAUCCGUGGUUUCUCCCCCCAGCACAAGAUCAGCAGCUUUGAGGAGGCCAAGGGCCUGGAUCGCAUCAAUGAGCGCAUGCCGCCCCGUAAGGACGGGGUGAACCACGUGGGUCACUCCAUGGGGAAGAUGAAUAUGUCGGAGGCGAACGGCACAGAAGACAGCAGCAACAUCCAGUGAUGUGUUGCCUGAGCCUCAGAAAUCGUGCCGCUAUUGCGCUGUGCAGCAAGACUUUGCUAAAUCUGAAUUCAGGCCUCUCUGAUCAUAGAAAUAAAACUGGCCCACAGAUAAGAACAUGAAAUCUGCCGCAAAUCCUAAACGGGCGAAAACGGUCAUUUAAUUCAUGACAGUAUGUCAUCGCACAGUUGGGGGAGGGGGGAGCUGGGGUUUACAGAAAAAAGGCAGGGAUGAGGAGAGGCCAGCAGGCUGCGGCUUGCCUGGAAAAAGUGUGCUUGAGGGUUGUGUCUGCCUGUUGUUUCCCUCUCUCAGUUCAGUUACAGAUUGAGCUGCUGGGAGUUGCGUUGUUUUGGGUGCUGACAAAAGUCUGCUCCUUUAUCACAGGGCCUGAGAGAAGACAUGACUGCAGUAUCCAUGCCACACAAAUCAUUUUACUGUUUUAUAAAGUGUUUAUGAUGAAUCACUCACACCAGUUCACUUCACGAGGACAAUACUCUUGUUUACGUACAUGUUUUGCUAGUAUUAGGACACUCCACUUUGUGGGAAUGAAAUGCAAAAAGGAAGAAAGCAAAAAAAAAAAAAAAGACAAAUGCAUACCUCUUUUAAACUUGCAGUGCAAUCUUACCAGUGGACUUAAAUUUAUUGAUUUACCUUGUAGUAAGAUGCUGUCACCCUGCAAGGGAGAGAGGACAGGGUGCUCAUGUGUGCUCACAACUCUGGCCAAAUCACCGCCUGUCUGACAUCAAACUCCACCUUCCAGGUUUCCACCGCUGCUUCCUUUCUCAUCUUCCUCAUUUUCAGUCAUCCC